GUCUACUCUUUUCUUUCAAAAUCUUUAGAUUCUUCUCUUUGAGAUUCAGCAAACGAGUUUUAGAGAAAGAGAACAAAGUCCUUCGAGAUGGCCCGUACAAAGCAAACUGCUCGUAAAUCCACUGGUGGAAAGGCUCCUAGGAAGCAGCUUGCAACCAAGGCUGCACGUAAGUCUGCACCAACAACUGGUGGUGUGAAGAAACCACAUCGUUACCGUCCUGGAACUGUUGCUCUUCGUGAGAUUAGGAAAUAUCAGAAGAGUACUGAGCUCCUGAUCAGGAAACUCCCAUUCCAGAGGUUGGUUCGUGAAAUUGCUCAGGACUUCAAGACUGACCUACGUUUCCAAAGCCAUGCUGUGCUUGCACUACAAGAAGCUGCUGAGGCAUACCUUGUUGGACUCUUUGAGGACACCAACCUGUGUGCUAUCCAUGCCAAGCGUGUCACUAUCAUGCCUAAGGAUAUCCAGCUGGCUAGAAGGAUUCGUGGUGAACGUGCUUGAGUUGAUAUGUUCGCUGCGCUGAAGAUUUGGGUGGGGCUGCUGUUAGUGUUUUUUGUUUUUCGGUUGUAUUUUAUUGAAACAAUAGAUUGCUAGGUGAUAUAGGUGUGUCUGUUGGGAGUCGUCACAUUAAUGGGUACUGCCAGGAAUUGUUAAGGUUUGUUUUCAGAAAUUGGGUCUGUGUUGAACAACGUGGGAGCUUUCAUUUUUCUCGUUGUGUAGUCACUCUAAAUUCUAUGGGACAACUUUUUGUUGCCAUCUAAUGUUGUUGUAGCUAGGUUAAUGCACUUGUUUGUUCGUAUUACUAUCAUAAUUGUUUACUGGUAUUUGGUGUUGAA